UGAUAAAUAUAACGGACAAGGAAAAUCAGAGCGCGUGUGACCAAAACAUAUCAGAGCUAGAGCCAAGCGCUGAGAGCUAUAUUAGGUCACCGCAUUGCUGCUUUGACUCUCAAAGCAACGGGAACGGGAAAUAGCACGGAGCACGAGCACGGGCGCCCGGUUGCAUUUGAUUUAAGCCGCCGCAUACCACAGCAGGGAGACCGUUCUGUUUCGUUCACUAAAUUACUAUACAUGGAAGAUGUAUUUUUUAUUUUUUUAACUACGACCUGCUUUUCAACUGAUAACCGAGAAACCGUAGAUAAAAUAAGAUGUUAAAGUGAUUACCAAGGGUAAAUAAUAAACAAUACCGGGCAAGCAAGGUCCCUUCCCAGAGCGCAGGUGGAUCCAACGAAGUGGUGGAACAGGGUAUUGAACGAGGACAGGAACUGCAGCGUACCACGAUAACCUCGGGACUUCUAGCCUACUACUACUAUAUUCAAAUAAUAGGUCUAACUAUUCAUUCCUAUAUCUGCUUUUUGGGGGUCCAAUAUGAUGCUAAAUUGUUCCACAACCUGGAUGUGUAUCAGAACAUCAUUAUGAUGGAAAUAGAAUAACCCAAGUGAUGUUGCCACUGUAGAACGCAUAACGCACUUGGACUAAUAGGUGUGUAACUCUAAUCAAAUUAUUGCCUUGUACGCUUCCCAAGCCUGCUUUAAUUGAAAUAAUACCUAGUUCUCUCUUAUGUGGACCUAUAAUAGUGUUUAAAGGAUGCCUGAAGCACUCGCCCCAGCCCAGGCGCUCUACAUCGGCAUGGAGGUGGUGAUUGCCGUCUUUUCCGUCCUGGGUAAUGUGAUGGUGGUCUGGGCGGUGAAAAUUAACAAAUCGUUGAGAGACACAACAUUCUGUUUCAUCGUUUCUCUGGCCCUGGCGGAUAUCGCAGUGGGAGCCCUCGUCAUCCCCUUGGCGAUAACUAUCAGCAUCGGACUUCAAACUCACUUCUACAGCUGCCUAAUGGUCGCGUGCACGGUGCUGGUACUGACGCAAAGUUCCAUCCUGGCCCUCCUGGCCAUUGCGAUUGACCGCUAUCUCAGGGUCAAGAUUCCAACCAGCUACAAGCGUGUGGUGACAAAGCAGCGAGCGGCCAUGGCGGUAGUGGUGUGUUGGACUGUGGCCUUCAUCGUGGGCUUGACCCCCAUGCUGGGCUGGAACAACCUCUGGAGGCUGCAGCAGAACGGUUCCCUGAACGAGGAUCUCAUCAUCACCUGUCAGUUUGAGAACGUAAUCAGCAUGGACUACAUGGUCUACUUCAACUUCUUCGGCUGGGUGCUGCCUCCUUUACUCCUCAUGCUGGUCAUUUACACAGAGAUCUUCUACAUGAUCCACAAGCAGCUCAACAAGAAGGCUUGCACCAUCAGCCACACCGACCCCAACAAGUACUACGACAAGGAACUCAAACUGGCCAAGUCGCUGGCCCUGGUCCUCUUCCUGUUCGCCAUCAGCUGGCUUCCCCUCCACAUCAUCAACUGCAUCACAUUGUUCUGUCCGAACUGCGACAAACCCCUGUUCCUGAUCUACAUCGCCAUAUUGCUCACACACGGCAACUCAGCCGUCAACCCCAUCGUCUACGCCUUCCGCAUCAAGAAGUUUCGCGACGCUUUCCUGAAGAUCUGGAAGCAGUACUUCUGUUGUAAGGACGUACCCGCCAUCUUGAACCAGCCUAGUGAGAAGGACAGGAAGGAGAACGAGAACCAGAAUGGGAAUGGGAAUCCUAAUCCGAUCGGGGACUCACCGCCAGCUCAUUCGCCAUCACAAGAAGGGCAGCAGCUUCCACUAGAGCAGAUGGUUAACCACCAGCUGCCACAGAAACCGCCGAUGGAACACAACAAUAUCUAACUAUCCCCGGAAGAACGGGAGUUUCUACAUUGACGUGUUUCAGAAACCUUUGAGUUCCUAUGUUUUUUUGGAGAUGACUAGAGGUUGUUUGACAGGAGUCAGUGGCAUCCUGAUAGUAGUCGUUUCCCGAAUGUGAGGCAACCAAUGGAGGAGGAGCGUGAGAAACAUUCCAGCAGUUUACGUUUUGUACCUUGCACCUGCACCUGGAUGUGACUGGAUGUUUGUGUAUACUACUUUGAAAGGAGUGUGACAUGGUACCCUACUGAAUGGAAGGAUUCUGGAGACGUGUUAGGCGACUUUCAGCUUAAAGAUCCAUCUUACAGACUGUGAAAUCUAAUUUUAACAUUCGUCUGGAGGUGUAUUUGAGUUUGAGGCAGAGGGGGGUAAAGAAAAAAAAAAAAAAAACAUUGAAAAUGAGUUUUAGGGUUUAUACGGUAAAAACACUGAGAAUUAAUAUUAGGGUUUAUACGGUAAAAAAAAGUGUAAUCAAAAACGUGCAAUAAUGUAAGUCUAUUUGAUAAUGAGACUGAGACAUCUUAGUAGUGAACUGAACUGAAGGCACUAAGCUUUAACUGACAGUUGACCUUUUUAGCAUUGUGAAAUUAGAGAGGAACUGACAGUUGGUGGGAUCCUCAUUCAAAAAAAGUGCAAAAUUGAGCAGUGAUGGUGAGGUAUAAUCAGUGUCAGAUUAUCAAACGUUAUAACACUGAAUAAACAUGUGGCUUAAAAGAGUUCCAGAUGUUGCAAGGUUAAUGUUCCUGCUGUUUAUUAAACUGUACUGGCUUUACAUGAAUGUAGUGAUGUAAAUUUGAAUUAAAUGUAGCUACGGUGGCAGCUGUGAAUGAACGCUCACUUCUUGAUUCAGGGUCUCAAGGCACAAGAAGCACAGUGGAGGAACGAGUGGAGGUCUCCUCUCCUCUCUACACCUCUCCUCUCCCCUCUACACCUCUCCUCUCCCCUCUACAUCUCUACAUCUCUCCUCUCCCCUCUAAAUCUCUC